AUGUCCAACACAAUCGUCGUCGUUGGUGCCGGUGUCAUUGGCUUGACGUCGGCCUUGCUGCUCUCCAAGAACAAGGGCAACAAGAUCACCGUCGUGGCCAAGCACAUGCCCGGCGACUAUGACGUUGAAUACGCCUCGCCUUUUGCUGGUGCCAACCACUCCCCGAUGGCGACGGAAGAGAGCAGCGAAUGGGAGCGUCGCACUUGGUACGAGUUUAAGCGGCUGGUCGAGGAGGUCCCUGAGGCCGGUGUUCAUUUCCAGAAGUCGCGCAUUCAGAGGCGCAAUGUGGAUACUGAAAAGGCGCAGAGGUCUGGUUUCCCAGACGCUCUCUUCUCGAAAGACCCCUGGUUCAAGAACAUGUUUGAGGACUUCCGUGAGCAGCACCCAAGUGAGGUCGUCCCCGGCUACGACUCGGGCUGCGAGUACACGUCGGUGUGCAUCAACACGGCCAUCUACCUCCCCUGGCUCCUCGGCCAGUGCAUCAAGAACGGCGUCAUCGUCAAGCGCGCCAUCCUUGACGAUAUUAGCGAGGCCAAGAAGCUGAGCCACACGGGCAAGACGCCCAAUAUCAUCGUCAACGCCACGGGUCUCGGCUCCUACAAGCUGGGCGGUGUCGAGGACAAGACCAUGGCGCCUGCGCGGGGACAGAUUGUGCUUGUGCGCAACGAGAGCAGCCCCAUGCUCAUCACUUCAGGUGUCGAAGAUGGCGGUGCCGAUGUCAUGUAUCUGAUGCAGCGAGCAGCUGGCGGCGGUACCAUCCUGGGCGGUACCUACGAUGUUGGCAACUGGGAGUCCCAGCCAGACCCCAACAUCGCGGCUCGCAUCAUGCAGCGCAUUGUCGAGGUGCGGCCCGAGAUUGCCAACGGCAAGGGCGUCAAGGGAUUGAGCGUGAUCCGACACGCCGUCGGCAUGCGGCCGUGGCGAAAGGACGGAGUCAGGAUCGAGGAGGAGAAGCUCGAUGAUGAGACUUGGAUCGUGCACAACUACGGACACUCUGGAUGGGGUUACCAGGGCUCGUAUGGUUGUGCUGAGAAUGUAGUCCAAUUGGUUGACAAGGUCGGUAAGGCGGCCAAGUCUAAGCUGUAG